UGAAUUGAUUUCCCAACAAUAAAAAUAAAAAAAAGGCUUGACGUGGGUUAAAUGAAAAUAAAAACUCGUUCCACGUUAUGAGACACAAAAGUUGGAUUCUACCUACAUGAGUACCAAGAAAAUUUAUAAAUAGAACAGGUGGAGUCAUUUUGUGACAUUGAACUGUAAAGUAAUAAAUAAAAAGAAAAAAGGUAAGAUAAAAUAGUCAGUAUAAAAUCUGUGGAUCAUGAUAGAAAAUUAUUUACCUCAAGCGUUAUGAACAAACCGCAAAUGGUUAGGUUUAUUCAUGGAAAUGCUAACGUUUCGCAAUAACAUAAUUACAGUUUCCACCAAAUACCUAUUCGAAACUUUAUAAGUAAAGAUUUCAAAAUGAUUGCAUCUUUUAGAAGUUUGCUUCCAUCAAAUGGAUACAAGAAUACCCUUUAUAUUUUUAUUGAUAUCAUUAAGUACAAGUGUUCUUAUUAGUAAUGAACGUGGUAGCAAUGCUUAUAACAGAAACAUAUUUCGGAAGAAAAGACAAACUGGCUAUAUGUAUGAAAAGCCAAGUAUUUCCUUCGAUUUGCCUUCAAGAACUACUUCGAUUCCAGCGACAACCCAAACACAAAUUGUAAACCAAAUGCAAAUGUACUACGCGUAUCCCGUUCCUUCUGUGGCAAACAAAGAUGUUGGACCGUCAAGUAGUACUGGAAUUUUAGAUACGGAGCCCAUAACGAGUACAGGAACAUCUGGAUACAACUACCAAAAUCAGCCGCGAACCGAACCUGUCAAAACUGAUGGCAAUAUUGAUUAUUCCAACUCAGGGUCUCAAAUAGUAUCAGGGUCAGGAUAUAAUUAUGAAAAACCAACGAUUGGUAUGAAUGAUUUCAAUGGAAAUCAAAAAGGUGUUAGUUAUACGAGUUCAGGUAGCGGAGGAUACGGUAAUCAAAAUAUUGCUCAGACUGGUAAUAGUUACCAAAAUCAAAAUAAUAUAAUGCAAAGAGGAUAUACUGCUAAAAAUGUAAUUUCUACAACUAAAGUAGGUUACGAUUACAAAAUUCCAGGAAUUGAUACAAGACAAACGGGUAACACAGAAAAUAUUGGAUAUUCUUCUAAUGGAGCUACUAGUAAUUCCAGAGGUAUUAUUCAAGGAAGUGAAAACACUGCUAAGGUUGGUGCUGUCGAAACAGGCGCCUUUGAUACAUCAGGUGGAUAUAAUUACAAUGUUCAGAAUGCUGGAAUUAUGCAAGCCGUAGGUAAUACAGUUAAUGGUCCUGAGACAAUAGCGACCAGUACUGCGGGUGGCUAUUAUUAUGAAAAACAAAAUAUUGGUAGUAACCAAAUGGAUGAAAAUACUGUUACUGUAGGAAUUUCUGAUAUAGGACCUAAUGUACCAGAAUCAUCGGAUGGAUAUAAUAACAAUAUUCAAAGUACUGGAAUUAGUCAAGCCAACGGUAAUAAUGUAAACAUUGGCUCAGGUUCUGGAAAUAGUGGUACACGUGGAUACAGUAACUAUCAAAGUCAACCUAUUAACAUCAAUCAAUCGGAUCUCAAUACCGAUGUUGGAGAUUCUGGAUACAGUUAUGAAAGACAAAAUUUUGCAGUGUCCCAGCCGGUAAUCAAGCAAGAAGAAAGUAGCGUGUCAACUAGCGCUCCAACGUACCUUCCGCCAAUUCAAUCAGUUGAUAGACCAACAGAAUCUUAUUUACUUCCUCAGUUAAAACAGAUCAGCGCGAUUCAAACUGUUACCAGCAAAGCACCCACAGUGAACACCAAUUCACCAUUUCUUCCAAAACCUCCCUUGAGUUCUAACUACCUAACUCCUCCUAUGGUAAAUCCAACUUUGGGAGUAACAGGAUUAAAACCGACUGUUCAAACGCCUGUCAAAUAUAUACCUCCAAAAUUACCAUCUGUUAAGCCGUCUAUACCAAACCGAACAUAUAUCACACCAAAUAUUGAAGUAAAUCAGGAUUCUAAUAAAUCUACAAAUUUGCUAAACGAUGGACAACCGACCCAACACUUAGGAUCCUUAAAUGGGCAUCAAUAUUUACCGCCAAGUAAUUUAUACUCUCCAACAGUGUCUCCUCCAGCAUCUACAUAUUUACCACCUGUUUAAUUUCUUAAUUUUAGGGAGGUCAUCUAAAUAUACAUACAAUUAAACUAUAAUGAUCACUCGAAUAUCAUAUGAUGAAAUAUAUUUGUAUUAGCGGCAAAAUUGUAUACAUUCUUAUUUAUUUAAAAAAAUUCUUUUGAGAUUACUGGUUUAGUUGCUGCCUACAUUCAAAUUUGUUGUACCUAUAACAGAGUAUGAUCAAUGAAUUUAUUUAAAAAUAGAAAACCAUAUAACAUCUAUUAAUACAGCUUAAAUAUGGUAGUUUCAUCUAUGCUUAAUAUUUAAUUCUUGUCACUGCCAU